AUGAUUGUAAAUAAUACUAAAUUCACCAAUUCAGAUCCUUUUGCAUCAACUCCAACCAAACAAUCACAACAACCAGACAAUAAUAAUGCAAGUCAACAAGAUAUCGAUAGUACGAGUCAACAAGAUGAUAUGUCAUUCCCAAACACACAAUUAUCAUCAUCACAAACAACAACACCCGAGCAGCAUACAACAGGCGGAAACGACCUUCAACAACAACUAGCAGAGGAAGUGGAAAAGAGAAAGAAACAAAAGGAACAAGACGACCUGUACUGGGGUGAACUACUCAGUUUGGGAGAGAAGUUGCAGUCGGUGUCACUUAAAGACGAGUCGUUGGUAUUGGGUCGAUUGAAAUCGUGUAAUGUACAAAUAGCAGAGUUGGUGGUCAGUGCAAAGCAUUGUCGGUUGUUCCGAAACAACGACUCUAUAUUCAUUCAAGACCUUAGUACUAAUGGGACCUAUCUGAAUGGAAAGCCAAUCGGACGUGGUAACCUCGAGUUGAUCAAGAAUGGUGAUCGUAUCAGUUUGGCAGGUGCAUCACAAGAGAAUCAACUCUCAUACAUUUUUAAAGAUCUCAAGUCUAAUCAAUCAGGUGGAAAUGGCCAACAAAACAAGCAAUCGAUAUGGGACAGUCUUGCCAAAAAGGAGAUAUUCAAGGAAUACGAUCUCAUUGGUGAAUUGGGAAGAGGUAACUUUAGCACGGUCUAUCUUGGUGUCAACAAGUCUCGUGCCGUCAAAGUCGCCGUCAAAGAUAUCGACCUUGCCAAAUACCAAAGAAACCCACGCUACCUUUUACAGUUGGAGCGUGAAGUAGAGAUUUUAAAAGCUACCAACCACCCCAACAUCAUAUCAAUCUAUGAUAUCUUUCAAUCGGAUCUUCAUCUAUACAUUGUCAUGGAGUUGGCAACGGGCGGGGAGUUGUAUGAAAAACUGGCCAAUGACGGGUCGUUUUGCGAAGAUGAUGCCCGUCUUAUAUUCAACCAAUUAUUGGACGCUGUCAACUAUUUACAUGUUCGUGGUAUAGCUCAUCGUGAUCUCAAACCCGAAAACAUUCUCUUUGACUCUAACGAACCAAACAAAAUUAAACUUGCCGAUUUUGGAUUGGCCAGGGUGAUUGGAGAAAAUGAAUUGGCACGUACCCUAUGUGGAACACCUUUAUACGUAGCACCAGAGGUCAUUGUUUCAAAAUCUAAAAAUAAGGAUUUACAUCAAAGUUUAUCUGCUCAAGGUUAUGGUUUUAGUUGUGAUGCUUGGUCUUUAGGUGCUAUUUUAUAUAUUUUGUUGAGUGGAGAACCACCAUUUUUUGAUGAUACAGGAGAUGAAUUUACAUCUACACCACAAAUAUUUGAACAAAUUUGUACUGGUAGUUAUGGAUUUCCAGAGGAGAUUUGGGCAGACAUCAGUGUCACUGGAAGAGAUUUGGUAAAGAAAUUAUUAACUGUAAAUCCACAACAAAGAAUCACUGUAAAAGAUGCUUUAAAUCAUCCUUGGAUAACUCAACAAUCUCAACAUAAGCGAUCUCAUAUUGACCAAGAUGAUGAUGACUAUAACAAUAAUAAUAAUAAUAAUAAUAACAGUAGUCAACCAGAAGAACAAGUGAAUCCACUUAAAAAGAAAAAAACAAUUUUAGAUGGAGUAUCAAAUUAA